AAAAAAUUAUGAUUUCAAAAACUCCACUAUAAAACUCUCCUCCACCUCCAACCAAAAAAAACCAAAUCCUCCAUCAUCCACACACAUCCAAAAUGCACAAAUUCAAUAACCUCACACACACACUCACACCUAUCUUGAUUCUCAUCUUCUCAUCGAUCAAUGUUUUCCUGGUCGCCGGAGCGGCGGAAGACCCCUUUACCCCAAAGGCGUAUCUAAUCCGAUACUGGAAGAAACAGAUCUCAAACGAUUUACCCAAACCCUCGUUUUUAAUCGAGAAAGCAUCGCCGAUGACCGCCGUACAGUCGGCGGCGUUUUCCAAACUCGCCGGCGACCAAAACGCGCUUUCCUCCAACCUCCCGUCGUUCUGCUCCGCCGGAAACCUGUUAUGUUUCCCGGAGGUGGGGCCCAGUCUGGAAAAACAUUCCGGCGAUGUUAACUUCAAAGAGUAUUCAGAAAAAAACUUUACCAACUACGGGUCGGGUCGGUUGGGUGGAUCCGAUUCGUUUAAAAAUUAUUCCAAUGAUGGUAAUGAGGCUCUUAACACGUUCCGCCGGUAUUCACGUGACUCAGUGGGCCAUGGGGAUAAGUUUUCAACCUACGCGCGUAACACCAACGUGCCGGACCAGAGUUUCAACACUUACGGCACUAAAGCCACCGGCGGCACCGGUGAUUUCACCGCUUAUGCACAAGACGUCAAUGUUCCCACAAUGAGGUUUACGUCAUAUUCCGACGACGUUAACGGCCGUGUGCAGACGUUUAAAUCUUAUUCUGAAAACGCUAACGCCGGUGAUCAGUCGUUUGCUAGUUACGGUAAACACGGUAAUGCUGCGGCUAAUGAGUUUAAAGGUUACGGUAACAAUUCGAAUGUUAUCGGGUCGGGGUUUUCGGGUUAUGGUGAGAAUGGUAACGGUGCUAAUGAUACUUUCACCUCGUACGGUGAAAAUGGGAAUGUACCGCAGAAUAAUUUUAAGAGUUACGAUGAAAACGGUAACGGCGCCGUUGGGUCGUUUGCUAAUUAUCGAGAUCAGUCGAAUGUUGGUGACGAUAAUUUCAAAUCGUACGCUAAAAGUUCAAAUGCGGCUGAGGAGAAGUUUAGUAAUUACGGUAAUUCUUUUAAUGAAGGUACGGAUACUUUCUCCGGUUACGGUGGCGGAACGGUAAAUAACCAGAAGUUUGGGUUUAAAACCUACGGUGUGAACAACACGUUUAAGGAUUAUGCGGAUAAGAAAAGGGCUACUUUUGCCACGUAUGCAGCGCGGGCAACGGCGGCGGAGUUGGAAGAAAUGAAGAUGGAGAAGAAAACGGCGAGUGGCAAAGGUGUAAAUAAGUGGAUUGAGCCGGGUAAAUUUUUUAGAGAGAGUAUGCUAAAAUCCGGGACGAUAAUGCCCAUGCCUGAUAUUCGUGAUAAGAUGCCCAAAAGGUCGUUUUUGCCCCGGGUGAUUUUGUCGAAAUUACCAUUUUCGUCCUCCAAGAUUGGUGACUUGAAAAGGAUUUUUCACGCUGGGGAUGAGUCGGGUAUGGCGAAAUUCAUCACUGAUUCUUUGAAUGAGUGUGAGAGGAAGCCGAGUGCGGGUGAGUCGAAGCGGUGUGUCGGGUCGGUUGAGGAUAUGAUCGAUUUCGCGACUUCUGUGCUGGGGCGGAAUGUCGUGGUUCGGACUACUGAGAACACGAACGGGUCGGGUAAGACGGUUAAAAUUGGUGCGGUUAAAAAAAUAAACGGUGGCAAAAUUACCAAAUCGGUGUCUUGUCAUCAGAGUUUGUUUCCCUAUUUGCUUUAUUAUUGUCACUCGGUUCCUAAGGUUCGGGUUUACGAAGCGGAUCUACUUGACCCGAAUACCGGUUCGAAGAUUAACCAUGGGGUUGCUAUAUGUCACAUUGACACAUCAGCUUGGAGCGCGACCCAUGGAGCUUUUCUUUCUCUCGGGUCGGAGCCUGGGAAGAUUGAAGUUUGCCAUUGGAUCUUUGAGAAUGAUAUGACUUGGGCUGUUGCUGAUUGAUGGGGCCUAUUGGGCUGAAAUCCUGGUCGGGCUGUGUCGGGUGCAAAAGUGAACCGCUUGUUCGAACAGUAGAAAUUUCGAUUCUAUUCGCUUAUAUCAUUUUCAAUUUUUUUUUUGUUUUUAAUAUUGUAAUGAUGACCUGUUUGUUAUUUUAAGAAGUUAAGAAUCAACAUGAUUUAAAUACACACGUGUUUCUUUUA